GGAGUGUCUGGGGGAAGGAGAUCUGCAGGGUAAGGAAAACCUUCUGGCUAACUUGAACAUGUUCCCAGAGACCUGGACCUGGACGGAUGUCAGGCUCACCCCUCGUCCCUAAAAAGGAGAGCGGGAUGAGUGGAUGACAGAGAGGUGGAGUUACUGAAGAGAAGCAGCACACUGAGACUGGAUCGGGAUUUUCAUCAAGUUUCUGCUGCUCAUAUGUGACAGAAAGAACUGACGCAUUGCUGUUUCACUAGCUCACCCAGAAUGGCCGCUCCAGUUCCAGCGCUCCCAGACUCUUUUACUCCGAGUUCAGACAGUGUUUACUCGGAUCAGUUUGGCUUUUACUCUCUGGACAGUAAUGUUCCUGGUCUUUCUAAAGUCAUCCUAGAAAAACUCAACAUGAAAGACUACAAAGAAUACAGGGCUGCACUCGAGGGCAAAGGAAGGGUGGGGUUUCGCUCUCACAAAGAGAUGUUUCAGAAUCUAGAAGAGACGUUUAAGUUCUGUACCUGCUGCUCCAAACUCCCAUCUGACCUUCCAGACCCGAAGGCACUCAAACGCUGCAUUAAGUGUCUGAACGUGUAUUACUGCAGUAAAGACUGUCAGAAGAAGGACUGGUCUCUGCAUAAGAAGUUCUGUAAGAUGCUCCAUAAGGUCUCCAUCGACAGACUGGUGGAGUGGCUCAUUCACACAGGAGAUCUUCCUUUCUCUACGGAGGCGUGGUCUCGUCCCGCCAAAGACAUCAGGUGUUGGGAUGACUGGGUCUUCAUGCAGGGAGAUCUGACGCCCCGUCUGGACACAAUCCUGUCCAGACAAAACAUGACAGAGCUCUGGACCAAUGCCUGCAGGCCGCGGCCGGAGGAGGCGGAGCUUCGUAAGUCUGUGUGGCGAGUGUGCAGUGAGUUCUUCUCUCGGUCGCUGACGCUAGGCCUCGGGAUACAGAUGGCCCGUCUGGACCCGUAUUCCCGUCCUCUGACCGUACAUCUAGUGGGGGCCGGUCACAACGAGACCCUGGGAGCCAGAACCACAGACAUGGACGAGCUCAGCCGCAUGUUCCCAGGGCACCAGGGGCUGGAGGUGGUGAUGGUGGGGCCCGAGGUGGUCCAGGGGCCCAUCAUGAGGCCCCCGCUGAGAGCGUUCGGACCCCGGGGAAAGGUGUACAUCAGCGCUUACAAGGGCCUCUAUCAUCAGUUCUGGGAGGAAGUUGUGGAGAAAGGAGAAGCGGCCAAACCAGAUCUAGUGGUCGGAUUUCAUCCAGGGUUCCACGCGUCUCAGGGUUUAGGAGAGGGCUGGCUGCCCACAUUACUGCUGCUCAGAGACUAUAACAUCCCGUCCGUCUUCACCAUGUACAAUGAUGCUGAGCUCCAGUAUUCCCUGCAGAUCCUCAUAGAGCUGGAGAUGGACGUUAAAGACACCGGACCCAAUCCCUUCAGCUCACAGAAACCCGAGCAGGUCCAGUCCAGCCCAAACAAAGCCCCCAGUUACUGCAACGCCUUUUAUAUUUACUUUCAGGGUCUGCUGGAGACACAGCAGGAGGAGUAGAUCCAUCACUUUCAUUCAUUCAGAAACCAGCUGAAUGCAUCUUAAAAAAAAAAGAAAAUAAAUGUUUCACGUAAAACUGCUGUUAAAGUUGUUUGCAACACAGUAGUAAAAAAUAAAUAAAUGCAUAUCCCGAAUGCACUGUAAGUCCCUUUGGAUAAAGCGUCUGCUAAAUGCAUUAAUGUAGAAUGCAAAUGUAACACAAUUUAGUGAACGUUUAGCGCUCCCUAGUGUCUAAAUCUGAUAUGACAUUUUCUUCAUUUGCUCUUUAAAAGUUUGAAUUAUAUCAUAUCAUAUCAUAUCAUAUCAUAUCAUAUUAUAUGUGACCUUUUUUUAUAGGAAUGUUACAAUCAUCUGAAAGCUGAUUAAAUAAGCUUUCCAUUGGUGUAUGGUUUUGUCAGGAUAGGACCAUAUUUGGCUGAGAUACAUUUACAAAAUACCUUUAAAGAACAUGAUCUUUACUUUAAUAUUCUAAUGGUUUUCGGGCAUAUAAGAAAAAAAAAAACGAUAAUUUUGCCCCAUACAAUGUUUUGUUGGCUAUUGCUAUAAAUAUACCCCAGAGACUUAAGACUGCUUUUGUGCUCCAGAAUUAAAAAUAAAAAUAAUCUUUAUAAUCAUUCAUUUUUAUUUAACACCAAAAGACACAUCUAUUUUAAUUCCUUAGAGAGAGCUUGUGCCAGAUUUUGUAUCUGUUUGUUUUAGUUUCACUUGAGUGAUUAUUUGAUAUGGAAGAAGCUUUAUAAAGUUAAUAAAAACAUUUAUAUAGCAAAUACAA